UACGCGGAGCAGAGCGGUGCGAAAAUCGCAGUGAAGCGGCCAAUUUUGAAUACCGAUAACAGAAGGCCGUGUUUUUUGUCCGUGUUUCUAAAAUAUAUAUAUUUUUUUUUGUGUUUUGUUGCUGUACGUGACGAGCGGUGAACUGAAACAGAAUCAAUUGUUUAAGUUUGCAAUGAAUGAAUGGCUGUGGCAAACAAUUGAAUGAAUUCAAUUGCCACAAGAGCUCCAUUGCAUUCAGUCCAUGCUAAGAGUUAACCACAUUGAACAGCACACGAUGGCGACAUCCUCUUCAGAUUCGGAUAAUUUGGAUGCGGGAUCGCAGGCCCAAACGCAGGAUAAUCUGCGCAUAUUCUUAAAGCAUUUGUAUGCCGAGUGCGUGUUUCGAUACCAGAAUGUCACAUACGAUACGGACGACCCAUCAUUCUCACUUGGCCCAGCAACAGACUACGAUUCCGAUUUGCCGGAGAACUUCAGUCCGGUGCCGCGAUAUCUGGAGAAUGCCGCGAUGAACGAGGGCGUUAUUGACAUGCGGAACGUGGACGAGGAGCUGGCGGAGAAGGAGGAGCUGAUGGCCACCGUCGUCAGUGCCACGAUGGCCACAAAUCAGAAUGAGAACCGACUCUUUUGCCCCCUGAACUUUGACGGAUAUCUCUGCUGGCCAAGGACUCCGGCCGGCACCGUACUAAGUCAAUAUUGUCCCGAUUUCGUCGAAGGAUUCAACAGAAAAUUUCUGGCCCACAAGACAUGUCUGGAGAACGGCUCGUGGUACCGCCAUCCGGUGAGCAAUCAGACCUGGUCCAAUUACACCAACUGCGUGGACUACGAGGACCUGGAGUUUCGCCAGUUCAUCAACGAGCUGUACGUGAAGGGGUACGCCCUCUCUCUGCUGGCCCUGCUCAUAUCGAUUAUUAUUUUCUUGGGCUUCAAAUCCUUGCGCUGCACCCGCAUCCGCAUCCAUGUGCACCUGUUCGCCUCGCUGGCCUGCACCUGUGUGGCCUGGAUAUUGUGGUACCGUCUGGUGGUGGAGCGUUCCGAAACCAUAGCCGAGAAUCCGCUCUGGUGCAUUGGCCUGCAUCUGGUGGUGCACUACUUCAUGCUGGUCAACUAUUUCUGGAUGUUUUGCGAGGGUCUGCACCUGCACCUGGUGCUCGUUGUGGUCUUUGUGAAGGAUACGAUUGUGAUGCGCUGGUUUAUCGUCAUCAGCUGGUUCCUGCCGAUUCCCAUAGCCAUCGUCUAUGGACUGGCCAGGCACUUCAGCAGUCCGGACAAUAAACACUGCUGGAUAACGGACAGUCUCUACUUGUGGAUCUUCUCGGUGCCCAUAACUCUGUCGCUGCUGGCCAGUUUCAUUUUUCUGAUCAACGUGCUGCGUGUGAUCGUGAGGAAGCUACAUCCGCAGUCCGCGCAACCGGCACCGCUGGCCAUCCGGAAGGCGGUACGGGCCACCAUUAUCCUGGUGCCGCUCUUCGGACUCCAGCACUUCCUGCUGCCCUACCGUCCGGAUGCCGGCACCCAGCUGGAUCACUUCUAUCAGAUGCUAUCCGUGGUGCUGGUCAGCCUGCAGGGCUUUGUGGUCUCCUUUCUGUUUUGCUUUGCCAACCACGAUGUCACCUUCGCCAUUCGCACGCUGCUGAACAAGUGGCUGCCCAGUUUGGUGACUCCGCCGCCGGCCGGGAGUAAUACUGGACAGAUGGCCACGACCACGCCCAGCCGAGAGUUGGGCGUUUAAGGCGUAUCGCACGAGGGUCGAUCGAAACAUUGACCGCAUCGCCGAGCAAAGAUUUUGAUGCGCUGUCUCUGCUAUACUCGUAUCUGUGCUCCUUAUUCCCUGAUGAUAACAUAUUUGUUUUGAACACUUUUUUUUUUUAUUUAUUAGCCAGGGUUAUUCAGCCCGAAAUGCAUUUACAAAAUGAAAGUUCUAGUCAUAUGAAUUAUCCAUUAAAGAGAAAUAGUUUGCUUUAAAAAGUGCUUACCAGAGAACUGCAAGAGUGACAUUUUUCGCCACCAUAAUCACACUUAACAAAUGUAUAUAUUAUAUUAUUUGCUUUGUUAAGCAGGGUACUCACCCCUUUCCUCAAGCUCUUUCCACGUCAGAGCUGAGAGAUGGUUGUAGCUCCUGGAAAAUAAACAGCUAGCUCAGGCACUUCUUCCAGUAGGUCGAAAUCACAUUGUAGAUAGCCUCUGCUGCCACAAAAAAUCACUGCACCACUCACUCACAUUUAGUAUUUUUUUUUUGAAAAACAUCGAAAAAGUGGUUUGCUUAUGUAGGACUUUUGAGAAGCGCAGAGAAGGGCACCUAUAUUUUGGUAUUUUUUAGUAUUAAGUAUUUAGUAUUAUUUAGUAUUUAGUAUUAUUUAGUUUUUAUUACUUAUUAUUAUUCAUUAUUUCCUUUUAAUGUAACGUAAUACUUUCAACUAUCUUAGUUAUAAUUGUUUAGCGGUGUGCCGGUGGCUUGCUGCAGUUCUCUGGUGCUUACUCCCUAGGAAAAAUCUUCUGAGCGCUUAAUUUCAAACUUUUUACUCUUUUGAGAAAUUAUAUAAAGCAUAUUCUUAAGCAUUAACAAACCAAAAUAUAUAUAAAAUCUAAGCUUGAACCUGGAAAAAAAGAAACUAUGUAUGCCAUAUAUAUUGUUAUUUAAAUUUAUAUCUCGGGAUUUGCCAUCCACACAUUUAGGUUUCACAGCUAUCCCUAGCAAACUAACUAUGUCAUAUCCAGAGAAAUUGCGGGAAACAAAUGCCAAGAAUUUACACAGAAAUUUCCCCCGAUGAUUUUAGUGCAAAAUCAUAUGCGUUUCAUUUUAUGAUACAAAAUAUAUUCAAAUCCUGAAAGGAUUUGAAAAGAUACGCAGAAUUUAGCAUACGUACCCUUGUACCUAAGGAACCUAAUGCCCUUAAUAAUAAUAUUUAAUAAUGUUAAGAAAACAAAAAUAUAUAUGUGCAUUGUUUGGACGUUUAAUGUAGCUGACAGAUAUUAAUAAUAUUUAUUCAACUUAACCAAGCACACUUACAUACGUAGCGAAUAAAUCAUGUUAACUGCAAAGAAAUCGUUUGAUUGCCAAAUAUAAUACUUGGAAUAAAAACAACUUGGUUUUUUGGUAAAUUUUUCAUUCAAUUUUAUUUCAUUUUUUUGCGGAUUUUCUCUUGUCAUAUUUUUUUAUUUUUAUUUUGUAUACCAUUGCUUGCCGGCUUUUUGUUGUUUGGUUUUAGUUUUUGUUAUCAAGUUUCGUUUGGAUUUCGUUUUAAAAUUGUUGUUUUUGUUUUUGGUUUUUUGUUUAUGAAAGAGCAAAAGAGCGUAGAACAAAACUAAUACAUACAAUAAAAUACAAAUAUAAUAAUAAUUUACAUACAUUCAUAUAAUUUAUAUGUACGAGUAUAGUAAAAUUUACGUUUUCAUCUUAUCGCUUUGGUUUUUCAAUAUAAGUUAUAUAAUAAUAUGCAUCUAAAUUUGUGUCACCUCGUUAUCAUUUCCUUCACUGUGUGAGUGUAAGUGUGAGUGUGUGUAAGUGUGAUGGGUUCGUUUUGUUUCUGUGUUAGUUAGAUAUAUUUGUGGUAAAUACAUACAAAUAUGCGCCUAUCCAUUUAGAUGUAUUAGAGGCCUGCAGGAAUCCACUGCGAAUUAAAUCACUAAGAUUUAUGAGAAAAUUAUACAAUAAUUACGAAAAUUUGUUGGGCUGAAGAAUUCGCGUUUGCUUUAUGAAUUCUUGAUCGAAAAAACUUUAUUAUGAUGCAGGCCUCCAAUAUAUUUUACGUUUGUUGUAUGCAUGACAUUAAGUUAGAGCAUUUCGUUAGCUGAUGGGCGGUUUUCGGGUUUUUGGGUUUUCGGGUUUGGAUUGUGUGACUUGGAGGGUGUACAAAUCAAUUGAAAUAGUUCUACUCAGGGUCUACGAAUACAAUAUCGAAAUGUGAGUAAGUAAGCAUAUUUAAAAGUAAGGUAAGUACAUGGGUAUGCGGUAUAUGGUUAACUAAUUGGAUAAGUACGAUCGCAGGGUAAUGCAUAAAUAGGUGCUGGCCCAUG